UUAGCCAGUUAGCAUCAGCAAUCGUGGUUGCUGCUAACUGCGCUUACAUUGCUAAUACUCUAUUCACACACAUUACCACUGCUGUACUCACUGUUACUUGCUUUAAUGGCGGAUGAAUGUCUCCACUCUGUGCAGCUCGGGCUCGAGGCCGUGGGGAAGCAGAUUCGCGACCUGGAACAGAGGCAGGCCCAGCUGAGAGAGCGGAGAGCCGCGCUGGAAUCAUCCCGGGCUGACGCUCACAAGUCCGGGGUAAGUAUACAGUGUGCUGUUAACAGUCCCACCACGUCUACUCCGUGUGUUUCUCUGCGCAGGCCCGGUGCACCCAGGACGCGAUCUUCCCAGAUGUCCUUCACUGCGACGCCGGGACACCACGGACCCUGGGUGCAUCCACAGCGGAGGACGCGAGCCGGGUCCCGGGCUACGACUUCUCCCCCUCCUGCCUUCGAGAUCUCCAUCCAGAACCGCUUCGCUCCCCUCCGCGAGACAGGACGCGAUGCUGUGAUCAUCGGAGACUCCAUCGUCCGACACGUAAGUGCUACGUUAGCCGAAGUUAAAGUGCACACUCAUUGUUUGCCUGGUGCUCGUGUUCUCGAUGUUUCUGCGCAGAUACCCGCGAUCCUGAAGGACGGCGAGAGCCCCAGAGCGGUCGUGCUUCACGCCGGGGUUAACGACACCACGCUGCGGCAGACGGAGAAGCUGAAGAGGGACUUCAGGAGCCUGAUCGAGACGGUUCACAGCACGACGCCCGUGGCGACGAUCGUCGUGUCAGGACCACUGCCCACGUAUCGACGAGGACACGAAAGAUUGUUUCGCGCUGAUGGAUUACACCCCAGCAGAAUUGGAGCGGAGCUUCUCUCUGACAACAUCUCCAGGACACUUCGCUCCAUGUGACUAGUAAGACAAUUCUCAAAUAAGCAUUAUGAUGAGUUUUG